CUAUCUUCCAGCUCAAAAAAACUGGUGGUAUAUUUUACCAACUGGGCUCAUUUAAGAAAAGAUGAGGCAAGAUUUGUCCCCGGCGACAUCGACCCUAGUCUGUGCACCCAUAUCAUCUAUUCAUUUGCCAAGGUCAACAAAAACGAGUCGGGAUUUAUUCUAGAGGGCACGCAGUGGAGUGAUAUGGAAAUGUUCUCAGAAUUAGUCUCCAUAAAGGACAAAUAUCCAAACCUGAAACUACUCUUGGCAGUUGGUGGUUGGAAUCACGGCACCGCCAUGUUUAACGAAAUGGCGUCGUCUGCUGCGACGAGAGCUCAAUUCAUCAAGAGCACAAUCAAAUAUUUGAGAGAUAUCAAAUUUGACGGCUUCGACUAUGACUGGGAGUAUCCUGGAAAUUCUGAUCGUGGCUCCCCUCCCGAGACAAAGCGGCAUUUUGCUGAACUAAUUCAGGAUACUCGAUCAGCGUUUGAGGAGGAAGCUAAAACAAGCGGGAAACCCCGAUUGCUGUUGACCGCUGCCGUUGCUGCAGGGGUGUAUGCUGUUGACAGUGGCUAUGACGUUCUAACAAUCGCAAAGUCGGUGGACUUUAUUAAUUUAAUGGCUUACGACUUCCACGGCAGCUGGGAGGACACCACAGGGCACCACAGCGCCCUCUACCACAGGCAAGAUGAACCACCGGCACAUAAGACGGCCAACCAAGAUGCUGCUGUCAACUACUGGAUUCAACAAGGCAUGCCUCCUGACAAGAUAGUGCUGGGCGUUGCCUUCUACGGACGCACCUUCACCCUGAGAAACCCUGAAGUCCAUGGCUUGGGGGCACCCAUUAGAGGUCCUGGGACACCGGGGCCUUACACAUUAGAGCCCAGUAUGCUGGCUUAUUUUGAGAUAUGUGAACUGCAGUCCGCCCAGCGAAAUUGGAGUUGCCAACACAAGGUGCCAUAUAGUAUCUGUGGCAACCAAUGGAUAGGAUACGACGAUACUGAGAGUCUAAGGAUGAAGGGUGAGUACGCGCGGUCCAAGGGCCUCGGUGGUGUUAUGGUCUGGAGCAUUGACAUGGAUGACUUCAAAGGAAAGUUCGGCACCAUGGGACCCUACCCCUUGUUAAGGGCUCUCAAGUCCGGUCUUGAUGGGAGAGGUUCAUUAGACGCUCGUCCCUCUGACACGCAGGUUGCACCAACUGCACCAAAGCCAGCGGACGUCCCAGGGAAGCCUUCCAGUCCUUCGGUUUCAAAUUCUGCACAAGUACCACCCAAACCUUCUCAGUCCAAAGCAGAAGAUGUACACGACAAAUCUGAGACAGGUGUAAUGUCGUACCCGGGAGACGGGUUGUUCCCUGAUCCGAAGGACCCCACCAAAUACUACAGCUGUGCCAACGGGAUUAUGUACUCACAGCAGUGUCCUCCGGGUCUGGUGUUCAAUCCGGUCACCAAGACCUGCGACUGGCCUCAAAAUGUACGGAAAUAGGCUAGACCUCCAUACUUCAUCCUCGACAUUAUUUCGUGCCCAGGGGCCUGUUUCAGAAAAGUUUACCUGGUCUACAUCAUUUGGCAACGCUCGAACUGCUAAAAUUGGAUAGCCGACUUGGUGAAGUCCAAUUUCGGUAAUUUCAUGUGUUUAGGACAGUUCGGAUAAGAGACAAAUAUUACGACGGUGGCAGAAAUAGAUAAAGUCAGCACUAUGUCGGUCGACGUCGUCAGACAUCUCUCUUGUAAUAGUUUUUCCAUCAUGAUAAAGAGGAAAACAACAGUUCAUGUUGUAUUAUUCAGUUAUUGACUUUGGGUGGGGUCACCUCUUAUUAUUGAUUUCUAAGUGUGAGAUAGUACACUGUCACCCGAGCCGGCUACGUACAUUGCACAAGAAUGGCAGUGUAUGAUUUGACGUACGCAACGAAAGUAUUUCACCCCCCCCCCCCCCAAACAAAAAAAAAAGCAUAAAGCUGAUGUCGGCACGGUCAAGUUGCAUCUCUAUGUAUGUACAUAGCAAUCGCACCCUAUCCUUCUUUAGAGUUAAUGAAAAUGAAGGAUUGUUUCCCUGGCGAACAACGAGUGGAGUAUAAGUGUUAUACGUGUUAUAUUCAGUUAAUUAGAAAAUAAUCAGAAUACAGCUACGUGUUAUAGAAACUAUUAUAUAUACUAGAUAGGAAACGAUACUUGGUAUUCUCAGUUGCGUCGUUCUAGAAGGCUACUAUAGCUUAAUCCCGUCUCAAGUGGGCCACAUUUUGUUUUGGUAUACGAACAUAGCAUAAGAAAUGAAAGCAGGCGGCCUUUUUAAACGAUUUGUGAAAAUUCCUGCAGCCAACUGUUAGCCUCUGUGAAACGGGCCCACGCAGUGCAUUCAAAAAAGGGUUUUGAAUGGCUUCUACACUAAGCGAAAGAAGACUGAAUGCUUAUACAUUUUGAAUAAAGCUAAUAU